CCGCCUCCUCCGCCCUCAGCGCCGCCGUGUCCUCCCUCCCAGGCCGCAUCCGCCCCCCCAGCGCCGCUGCGCCCGCCGCCCUGCCCUCCCUCCCAGCCGCCGCGCCCAGCCACGCCCGCCGCGGCCUCUCGGGUUUCUUCUCUGAGAGCAAAUCUAUUUUUGUGAUCCCAUGUGCUUGUCACAUAACAGAGAAUGAAGUUAUUGCUGUGUCAUCUCGCGAUCACACUGGGCCCCGCACCCUAUUUCAGGAUAUAAGCAACAACCAAGACUUGGGUAACUAUCAGCAAGCAGCGCCUGCCGAUCGCUUCAUAUAUUUUUAGGGAAGCAGUUUAAACUAUAAAGAGGGAAGGGUGUCCUGGAAUUCAUUAAAGAGAAGAGAACCAGUUUGAAGUUGUUGGUGAUAAUGGAACCAAAGCAUUCUGCCGAAAUGUCCAGGCAUUUGGACAAACAAAAUAAAGCCCUUAUGGAAACAUACCGAGCAAUGUCCCAUGAGUUGCAUAAACUACAGGUUGAAGAGGAAAUAAUCAUGCGCAAGUUGUAUGAGCUGAUGUCUGUGGAAGGGCUUCUUCCAAAGCGGAAGAACGAAAAGCAACUGGAGAAAGCAGGGGAGUCAACUCAGGAAAACGAAGAACGGGAAUCAUAGAAUGUUAAUCGUGAAACAGUGAUACAAUAUUUACAUGAGACGCAAAGUUCGGGUGAAUAGCCAUCCACCACAGCUUGUGCAACCCCUUUUAGAUAUCCAGUCUAAUGUAUACGCAGUUAGAGAAAUUUUGUUUCAAUUCCAACAGUUAGCGUCCUCUGUAGUUGUCCAACAUGCACAAUUGAAUCUUGAAUCUGGCUAUUGUUUCUUCAGGAAUCGGCAGCUGGCCGGUAUUUGUUAUCCUUUC